UAUUUGCAUGUCAUGAGGUCUAAGGGAAACAAACUGACCCUCAGCCUUCCCCCAUCCAGCCAAAUUCUGAUGGGACCCUCAAAUAGCUCUGGCAAAGUGUUCUGUUUCUUUUGGACUUGAUGAAUGCUUGUUUCUGUGAAGGCGUGUAAUUAUUUCUUCCUUUAUUUUGCUGCACAAGUUACCAAGAGAAGCAGCUUAAAACAAAAUAUCACGUGGAGAACCCCAACAGAAUGACCAGCAGUCACACAGACUGCCAUUACUGCCUGCAGUCUCUUCGUGGAAGGAAAUAUGCAUUGAGAGAUGAAUACGCUUAUUGUGUUGCAUGUUAUGACAGCCUGUAUGCCAACCCCUGUGAAGAGUGUAAGCAACCUAUUGAGUGCAAUUCCAAGGAUCUGGCCUACAAAGGCCGCCACUGGCAUGAGAGGUGCUUCAAGUGUGCCAAGUGCAGUCGCUCACUGGUGGAGAAACCAUUUGCUGCCAAGGACGAGGUCUUGCUGUGUACAGAAUGCUACUCUGAUGAGUAUUCAUCUAAGUGUUUCCACUGCCAGAAGACUAUUAUGCCUGGUUCCCGUAAAAUGGAAUUUAAGGGGAGUUCCUGGCAUGAAUCCUGUUUUGUUUGCCGGUAUUGUCAGCAACCAUUGGGAACAAAACCAUUAAUCACCAAAGACAAUGAGAAUUACUGCGUGCCCUGCUUUGAGAAGCAAUUUGCUCACCAUUGUUACUCUUGCAAAAAGGUAAUAACUUCUGGAGGCGUGACCUGCCAUGACCAGCCUUGGCAUAAAGAAUGUUUUGUUUGUGCUGGGUGUAAAACCCAGCUGUAUGGACAAAGGUUUAUUUCCAAAGAUGAAUACCCAUACUGUGUGGACUGUUUCAGCAAAUUGUAUGCAAAGAAGUGUGCUGCUUGCAAGAAACCUGUUACAGCUCUCGGAAGUGCCAAAUAUAUCUCAUUUGAAGAGCGUCAGUGGCACGGGGAAUGCUUUAACUGUGCAAAAUGCUCUGUCUCACUGGUGAGCAGGGAAUUCCUCACUCGGCAGGAUGACAUCCUUUGCCAUGAAUGUGCCUCUGCUUCGUAGUUCUGUGGAAAGCUGUACAGCUGCAUUAUUCUCACUCUGUAACAACACAGUUCAUUACUCUGCUGUAAGAAAACCACAUAAAAGUUGUAACAGUUAUUUAGUCAUUCAAGUAACUUUCCCUCAGCAGUUUAAUUUUAUAAUAUCUAUAACUGCUUAUAAAAAAAUAUAAACAGCCCCAUACUGGUUAAGAAAAUUAUGCAGAAAAGAUUCACAUAUAUUUUAAAUCUAACUACAUUAUGUUUUCCUUGUAACACACUGCACUCUGCUGUUAGAAGCUUAAAAAUUUACCUUUCAUCUCCCAUGAAACCAAGGAGGAUUGUGAAAAGUCUGUAUGGUAUAUGAAUAUUGAUGAGGCAUUAACAUUGUUUUACAGACGCAGACUUGGGCAUGGAGAGCUAGGCAUGUACAUUUUUCUAUUGGAUCAUAAAAUCAAUGAGAACAACUCAUAAAUAUUAUAUUCGUCCACACUUUAGGCCAAAAAGGUGCUGACAAAGCAGGCAGAAACUGUGAGGAGGAGAUGCUUCCACAGAGAGGGCCACUGAGUCAGAGAUGCUCCUUCCAGGGCUAGAUAAAGGGGAAAAAAGGUCAUUUUCCUCCUCUUACUGGGAUUGCGAUUGCUCCUCAAAAACAUAGUCCUCAGGCAUUCAAAACACUACAACACAGUUCCUUUCCCAAAAUUGGGUAACUGUGCUUAAUUUUUCAGACAUAGUUGCUCUAGAACAUAAAUAAACUCAUAUUUUGAAAAAAGAGGUGAGGAUUGCCCAAGACUGAAUAGUGCUAAUGUACAUUUUCCCAUAGCUAAUAUACCUUAGGACUCUUUCUCCAUUGUCUUCACUAGGCCUUCAAAUACAUGCAUAAAGUGUACAUUUUAAUUAGCAGACACAAGAGCACACUCACAUUUGUCCCUUUAACCUUGUCCCUUCAAAGCUUCUUUGACAGCGAUCAAAGCCCUGUUAAUGGCCUUACCAUUUCAAUUCUGCUAGGUCUUUGAUUCAUAGUCCAUCUUUUUUCUUGAAAUGCCUGGUUCUCCAGAACCAAUACUCAAUUCAUGUUACCAUGUGCCACAUGUAGUUGCCAAUAGUGUGUCAAGAAUUAGUAAUGUUGUCAUUGCAAGUUAGGCAGUUCUUGCUUGCAGUACAAGGUCCUGGUUUCUAGGUAGUUGGCUUCAAGAAGGUUCUAUCUGCUUGCUAAGCUUCAACACUCAAUUGUCUAUUAUUAAAGGUCAUCUAGAGCUGUGUUACAAACAUAUAUCUUCUUCCUUUUUCCAUACUAUAUGUUACAGUGGCCUGGUUCAUGUACUGGGCCAUUGUGAAUGGAGCAGUGAUGUUAAGAAUAGUAGGUUCUGCACUGCUCAGCACUGUUUGAGUCUUCAUCUAGCAUGUCUUUAAGUCACUCUUCUUUAGACUCCGACCUUAAGUGCAUAGAAUUUUUUGGCUGACUUGAGUGGCCUUUAUUCAUAGUGAAGACAGCCAUUACUUUAGAUAGGAGACUGAAAAAAAAGACUUAAAAAAAAGAAUAUGUGUGCAUAGCUAAGCCAAGGCUGAACUGCAGUGGCAUAAGAUCGGUACAGAUAAUGACUGACCAACAAGUACAUAGCAAUCUGUUUUCCAGUCAAUAAAAUAUUAUCUUUUGCUCUACGUGGUGUUCAUUUUUGGUUUUCAGUUUCCUCUUCCAUGCUUUUUAUUGCAUUCUAGAUUUUGAUGAGUUUAUGCCUUUUCAUUUUAUCCCAACUGCUUUCUUUUCUAUUUACUAAUCUCACAUGGCUAAUACAAGUUCUUGGUAAGGC